AUGGACGCGCCGGCCAUGCUCACGCGCAAGCACGUCCCCGAGAACAUCGCCGCUGAGGGGGAGGGCGGGCAGCAACAGAUGCACCGGGACGAGAAGCAGCACAAGCCGGUGCUCAAGAAGGUCAAGGACAAGGUGAAGAAGAUCAAGAACACCAUCGCCGGCCACGGCCACGGCAACGGCAACGGCCACGAUCACGAUCACGACCAGGACACCGGUGGCAGCAACAGCACCGACGAGGAGGAGGAGGAUGCGGCCAUGAGGGAAGCCGAAGUGGAGAAGGGCGGGUACCAGCAAGACGUCGAGGACAAGCCCAUCUUCGCAGACUCCAGCCCCGAGCUGCACGGCGCACCCAUGUACGACUCGGAGAGGAUCCCGGCGGCGGCGAAGGAGGUGAAGCACAACGACGCUCCGGGGGUGCGGUUCGGUGACAUUGGCGGCCCGGCAGCGGCGCAUGAGGUGAACCGCGAGGACGCCGCGGGGGUGCGGGUCGGCGACUUCGGCGGCCCGGCAGCGGCGCAUGAGGUGAAGCGCGACGACGCCGCGGGGGAGCGGCUCGGCGACUUCGGCGGCCGGGCGUCGGCGAAGGAGGUGCAGCGCGACGACACCCAGGGGGUGCGGCUCGGCGAUCUCGGCGGCCCAGUCGUCGAGGACCCGGCCGCGCCGAACUCGAGGACGCCCAUGCCGCGAGGUGGCGAGGACAUCGGCACCACGGACGUCGUCCGUGACUUCGAGGCGAUGACUGUGUCAGACGACCCCAAGCAAGUCGACGUGAGCAAAGAGUAUGAGGCAAUGCCGGUGUCGGACGGCAACGGGGAGGAAUGGAACGAUGCACCCACUGACGCCGACUACACCGGGAGCUACACGGACAGGCUCAAGAACACGGCAGCUGGCACCACCGAGUAUGGCAAGAAGCUGGCGAGCACGGUGUAUGAGAAGGUCGCCGGCGUCGGCACGGUCGUGGCGAGCAAGGCGCAGCAGGUCACCCCCGGCUUCGGUGCUGGCGGGGACGCGCAGGACGACUCCAGCGCUACUGCCGCCCCUGACUCAGUGACCGCAGGUGCCGGGAAGAGGGACCUCGACUUGCCGAAAGAGGGAACGACGGCGUCCUACACCGGCACCGAGGAGCUGAAGAACGCGGCCACGGACGCGGCGGGCGCGGAGGGGCUGAUGAACGCGGCCACAGACGCGGCGGGCGCGGAGGGCGCGCCUGGCACGACGUACACCGACAAGAUCAAGUCCGCUGCGGCGGGCACCACGGAGUACGGCAAGAAGCUGGCGAGCACGGUGUACGAGAAGGUCGCCGGCGUGGGCACGGCCGUGGCGAGCAAGGCGCAGCAGGUGACACAAUCGGCCGGCACCGCCACUCCUGUAGUCGGCGCGCAGGACGGCGCCACCACCACUGCGACGGCCACCCCAGGCGUCGGUGCGCAGGACGGCGCCACCACCAGGGCGACGGUCACCCCUGGCGCGGGUGGGCCGGGGAACGGGCAGGACAAGGGGGUGACCGGCGUGACAGCCUACAUCGCCGAGAAGCUGCGCCCGGGCGACGAGGAGCGCUCGCUGAGCGAGGCCAUCACCGGCGCCGUGCAGCAGCGCAAGGAGGGGGUCGGGAGCACGGUGGCCAAGGCGCGCGAGGUGCCGGCACAGGCGGUGACCAGGGCGCGCGGCGCCGUCACGUCGCUCACCGGCGGGAACCGCGUCUCGGAGACCAUGCAGCCCACCACAGAGGGGAACAUCGGGGAGGGCGUCGCGGCGGAGGGGCCAGUGCUCCACGGCGAGGCACCGAGGACCAACACGAAUGUGAUGUGA